AUCCUGUUUGGUAUACAUUUUAUUGUCACACUGAUCUCAGGUGUUAGGCUGAGCUUGUUUAUACUGAAGCUGGGAUACAGGCAUUGCGAAAAUGUCGUCUAGCAAAUUGUCCACCACCAAGAUGUCAACUUUGUCGUUUGCUGAUACGCGCUUGAAAAUUCUGUUUGCCAUAGAUGCCUCUGAUGCCACCGAUAAAGCAUUCAAAUUUUAUUUUGACAACAUAUACAAGGAAGGUACUGGUGUUAUUCUUGUACACUGCCCUGACAAGCCGAAUCUACCAACAUUUUCUUGGAAAGCCGCAGGUCAUUAUCCAGCCGAGGAAAUCGCGAAAGUUAUGCACGAUCACAACAAGAAAGCACAUGAGGUUGAAUAUAAAUACACUGCCGAAUUAGAAUUGAAAAAGAUUCCUCAUCACGUCAAAAUUAUUGACAGCGAUCAAUCAAUCGGACAUCGAUUGAUCAAGAUUGCUGAGGAGGAGAAGGUAGACAUGAUUGUAAUGGGCUCGCGUGGCUUGAAAGCAAUAAUGCGCACCUUGCUCCAUAGUGUCAGUGACUACGUCUUACACCACUCCCAUGUUCCUGUUCUGAUCUGCCCUGCUCUUCAUUAGCUGACUUGUUACCUCCGACGGUUUUCAAAACAGCGAGUUAAGGAGAAUUUCUAUAUGAUUAUUGAAUUCGAUUUAUAAUGAACCUCGUUACUAUGAGUUUAAUUUAUAAUAGACAAUUAGUUGAAAGAAUAUAAAAUUGUGACGUGUACAAGACUGGACUUAUAGGCCGCGAUGUGUUUAAAUUUCAUUUCAAUUUGCUCGUUAAUUUUACUUGUUUCUGCAUCUAAGUUCUUACCGUAUUGUUUUCGGCAUUUUAAUCGUUCAAUUUGUAAAAAAUGUGACAUUGUUGCAAUGGUCGACUACCCCAGUUACAAAUAGUCAAUUACGAUUAUAUGAAAUAUGGACUCAGUUAUAAAUGAGAAUAGAAGAAAAAUAUAUUUCUUUCUGCUAAAUUCUAUACACCAUACUUGUUUGGUUUUUACGAGAUAUUUUACAAACAGAACAUAAAUGAAGAAUAUAAUGAAAAAUGAAGAAUAUAAUUCAGUGUACACAAAUGCAAAUUUUUGUUUUUUCAGUUUGUUUAUUGUUCACAUCAUAUCGUUGGUUUUUCUUUUGUUUUGGUCUCAAUUGAAUGAAAAAUGAUUUUUCUCGUUACUGAGCACAUCGUUUGGAUAUUAUAUAUUUUUAAUCGUUCUCAUUUUGUUGUUCGGCCUCAUUUAUUGGCGCAGGAAUUUACUAAUAAAUGUGAAAGUAGUAGAUGCAUUA